AUGGACUCGUCGACUGUCAUCUUUGUGGCCACGUUGGCUAUAGCGUUCAUUUUCUUGAGAUGGUUGAUCGCUCCCAUUCCCCAAUCCAACGAGUUUAACAUCGCUGAGGCUGCAGGAAAUACUUCUACUGGACAAGAAUCCAACAACUCUAGCAAUGCCAGUAAUACAGGCAAUGCCAGAUCCAGAAGAAGACCGGUCACGGACAGCAUGGUCGAGGUUGUGCAGACUAUCGCUCCAGGUUUGACGCGUGAUCAAAUCGUGUUCGACUUAUCUAACACAGGAUCAGUUGAACUCACCAUCAACAGAUACAUGGAGUUGGGCAACUUGCCCUAUCCGCCAAAUUCGGCCAGAGGCACCAACUCUGCAUCAAGCAACGAAAUCCAUUCGCAAUCUCAAUCUCAAGCAUCUUCUAGAUCUGCUACUGAAGCUACGAUGGAAUCGAAUUCUAGUCCUAAAGAGGACUUGGCAGUUGGUGAUUCGACAUCCUCAUCAUGGGAGGCUGAUAAAUCAGAGAGGUCCGUCAGCUUGCACCGUAGAAAACAGGAAAUGAUUGUCGCUGCCAGAAGAAGAUUGGAGGCCCUGUUGAAAAAUGAACUUGACUUGUCCCAGUAG